AUGAGAACUCUCAUCUUAGUUCUCUCGGUUGCUUUUGUAGCGGCAAUACCUGCGAAGGACUGUGUUAUCAACGUGCGUGAGAGUAUGGUGAAACUGUUAUCCAACUCCAAACGCAGCGGUAUGCCGUGCAAGCUAAUGUGGGACAAUCUGCUACUCCGCGUGCGGAACACACACGAUAGCCUGAGUGCAUGCCAGCAACGCGAAUUCACGACCAGCCCCACAAAACCAUCUACGGUUGACUGUCAACGGGAGCUCGAGAAGGCAAAGCUGGAAAUUCAGGGCGAUCACAACUACUACACCGCUACAAUGAUGAACAAGAUGCAGCUAAACGAGUGGGAUACGGCAAAGCACAAAAGAGAGAUAGCUGCGCUGGAGAAUCAAAUUCAAACAACCAGUCAAGAGUUUAAGUCGAUGUAUCGGAAUCUUAUCUUCCUAAACAUACAUGCCGGUUCGAUAAAGCAGGCUCUCCGGUAUUAUCAUCGCUUCCUUCAGGGUAACCGGCCUGGGCAGCUGCUGACAGAUCUCGUUGCUUGGAUGUACCAAGAUCCAGCUCAGGAGCAGGAGCGAUUAAUACAGUUGCUAGAAUUCACCCGUAAACUACCCAGCGCCACGGUGAAGCUUUCUCUCUACCAGCAGAUCGACACCGAAAUGAAGAAGCAUCAGAAACAACAUGCCAGCUACUUGGCCAUGAUUUUGGCGCUGGACGUUGGGCGCAUUGCCUUUAGGGCGACGAAUGACCCUGACGCUCGCCGACUGUAUCUGGACAUUUUCCAACCAGCUAUGGCUUAUCUGAAGCGCACAGUGAUGUCGGGCAACUACGACGAGCUAGUUACGUUUGCCACCACCCAUCCGUCCCACUUCGAGGAGGUAGAAAACCGAAUCUCCACCAUGGACGAGAGCGUGUGGAACAAUGCCGAUUUCGAUCGGUUUGUAACGUACCCGAACCGGUUACCUCUGGCAAAACAGCGCCUUGAAGCGUUCCGCAUGCUGGUGCUGCAAAUCAAUCAGCGAAACAAGAGCAACUUUGCCGACCGGCUGGUGAAGGUUGCGAGAGAGCUCGAACAGUGUGAGACGUUCAUCAGAACUGGGAAAAACGAUCCAGUCGAUCUGGACAAACUGCGCACCGUGAAAGCUUUAUUCUCCAAGCUUCAACCCAAACACGAGUACGAUCAUUACUUGGCGCUGGCGAAAGAGCAGUAG